UACUACAAAUACUGUGCGUAGCCAUGCAUAACGUUUUAAUACAUUUUUUUCGACCACUGUUUUUUAUAUUAUUUCCAAUUAGAAAAUAAAUAUCAUUGAGACACAUCAAAGUUUUAACUGUUCAAGAUAUUAAGUGUAUAUUAACAAAUAUUAUAGUCUUUUUCGACAUACUGGAAUCUAGACGUGUUCGGCUAAGCACAGGGUCGCUAUGUUUGCAGGACACUAAAUUUGGAUGGGUCAUCACCGGAGAGGUAUUGUAGUAAUUUGGCCCAUGAUUAUAAAUUAAUUGGCCUGUAUAGUUGAUAGUGUCUUGCACUUAAAUGGCCUGCUAUAUAUAAACCAUGCGUAAUAUUAAAAAAAAAAUUGAAAUGACGCCACUCACUGUUUUUAUGCAAUUCUAAAUGUCAUCAAAGUUUACCAUGUUUAAAUAAAUAAUAAAAAUAAUGUUAUCUAAUAAAUAGAAAUAAAGUUCAUAUUGCAUCAAUUAUAGUUUAAUAUUUAAUUGUUAACUUAUAUUAAUUCAUUUUAUUGAAAUAAAAUAUUAUAUAUUAUGAAUUUAUUAAUAAUAUUUUACAUUAGCCAUAACACAAUGGCUAAAGUUACUUUAGCCGGGUAAUGUAUACAUACUCCAUUUCCUAAUAGUUUUUAUUCACGGCUAAAAUCCGAAAUUGGAUAAUAUGCACAUUAGCUUAAUUCGGACUUUAGCCGUAACAUAUAUACUAUACGAUAUAGUGGUAUAGGAAUUAUACUGAAUACGCACACGAAAUAAUAAGAUAACCGGGCUCUUAUAUAAUGUAUUAUGUAUACGCUCCCAGCCCAACGUGUUUGAUUAUUUUGAUAGGUAAUUUUUUGGCAUAAAAUACUUAGUCGCCAUGGUGCAAAUCAUCGGAUUAUACAGACAGUUUUGAAUAUUUUAGUAUAGAAUUUAAUGAGUAGGUAUAACCCGUUUGUUUCGUUGUCGGUAUAAAUACAAUACGUUUUUAUUAUUCUUUUGUCCUAGUUAGUUUUUGAGUGUUUUGCGUGCAGUGAGUGAAUAGUGAAUCUAAACAGUAAGCAUGACGGUACCACAAGUAGAAGAUGAACAAGAACAUCUUUCAGCAUUGACAGUAGCCGAUGAUUCGAAUUCGGCCGAUGUUCCGAAUUUGAAAGGUGAUUGGCAUAACAUUUUUAUAUUGUUAGUGCUUUAUACAAUGCAAGGCAUAGCAGGUUUCGGUCUCUAUAAAGGAGUGAUGAUAAUAAUGCAAGCCAACAAACACAUAACUUAUAAAGAUCAGGCUCUUUUUAGUAUAGUUACAUGGUCAUAUAGCUUGAAAAUGAUCUGGGCACCUUUAGUAGAUGCGUUCUGUAUACAAAAAAUGGGAAGACGAAAAUCUUGGCUAAUACCUGUUCAAUAUUUAAUUGGAGGAUGUUUCAUUUAUAUAGGCAAUAAUAUUAACGAAUGGUUACCAGAAACGGAAAAGCCAGACGUAUUGAAAUUGUUUUACGCAGUUUUCUUCGUUCAAAUCUUGGUAGUCACGCAAGACAUAGUUGUCGACGGUUGGGCACUAACAAUGCUAAAAAAGAAUAACGUGGUGUAUGCAUCAACUUGCAAUGCAGUAGGCGCACCACUGGGCAUAAUGAUGGGCUCCUUAUUUCUCGUUUUGUUCACAUCAGAAAAUUUUUGUAACAAGUACUUACGAUUUACACCGGAUACAGGUGGAAUAGUGACCAAGGAAUAUUUAUUUUACUGUUUGGCCGUUCUUUUUAUUUUAAUAACAACAUUGAUUUUGAUCUUCAAAAAAGAAAAAGAAUACAGGUCAGAGGAAAACUACAUAAAGCUCAACGUUAUUCAAAGUUAUCUACUUAUAUGGGAUAUUUUAAAAAAACCUAGUAUCCGGGUAUUGCUGACUGCAUUGUUGACAGCAGAGAUUGGAUUCGCUACAACUGAACAAAAUUUAUUGAUUUUAAAACUCAUUAAAACAGGAGUACCAAAAGACAAUAUUAUGGUAAUAAACUCAUCAACGUACAUUGUAAACAUUAUUACUCCGAUCAUUAUAUCAAAAUACACUUCGGGACCUAAACCAAUGAGCGUAUUCUUAAAAGUAACACCCGCCAGAUUACUUUGGAACAUUACGUUUGUUAUAUUUAUAUAUUAUACAACGAAGUUCCUUACAACUUAUGAAAAUAUAGGUUUUCCAAUAUAUUAUUAUGCAGUUUUAGCAUUAUUAUUCAUAAUAAAUAACAUUCUAGGCAUGACUAUGAAAGUGUCUAAAUUAGCUUUAUUUAAUCGUAUAAGUGAUCCUCGUUUUGGUGGUACAUAUAUGACAUUAUUGAAUACGUUUUCUAAUUUGGGAACAUCUUCAUCGACUUCACUAGCGAUUUCAAUGAUAGAUUUUUUAACAUUCAAAGAAUGCCCAUUAAAUUAUAAUAACAAUUGUUCUACAUCAAGUCAAAACAACACGUGUAUAACAAAUGGAAGUAGUUGCAUUGUAACAGUUAACGGCUAUUACGUAGAAUCGGCUCUUUGUAUAUUGUUUGGAAUCGGAUGGUACUAUAUUUUCAGAGGUACUCUUAAAAAACUCCAAGUAAAGAGCCCUUCUCAUUGGAUGGUCAAUGUAAAAAAAAAUAAAGUGAAGAAAAAUGAAACAACUGAAUACACAAUGGUUGAAAAUACACAGUGAAAUGUAUUACCUUGCUAAACUAUAAUAAGUCAACCAAUAAUGGUUUUGCUUUUUAAUAUUUGAUCUUAGUUAAUCCUAGUUUAUCUAUGUUAAUUUUUUAUUGUUAAUUAAUUAAGUUAUCGUUGAUUAUACUUGUCCUUAGCUUAAGAAAAAUUAUUUAUUUUUAAAAGAUAUUGAAUUGUUUCUACUUACUUUUAAAGUGUUUAAUUUAAUCUUCAUUUUUAUUAAAUAAAUUGACUAAAUUUAAUUAAUUGUUAAAUAUGAACAUAUAAUA